CUUGGGUAUAUCUUCUAUGCUAGUGUUCUAAUAUAGCUCCAAAUUUUCGUAACUAUAAAUGAACUUCAAUAUGAAUAGCAAUUUUCUGGUUGAAAGAACUUUUGAUGGUUUAUCCAAACUUGAACCGCACGAAGAAUGUAACCAGCAUAAGGUCCAAGUAGUCGUAACACCGGUGAAUGGACGGGAAGGUAGUGCUGAGAUUAGAAUAAUGGGAGGAACUACCAAUUGGACAGAUUCUGAGUUACGAAGAAAUUCUAAUUACUCUGAUAGUCACAUUAGCAUUUUUUCAGGCAAUAGUUCUAACAAUUUAACAUCAGAUGCGGUGACCGAUUUUUUAUCGAAACAUCCCGAGUUUUUGGAGAAUUACAUAAUGAAAGAGGUGAAAAUCGAUCAAGUUGAACGUUGGAUCAUUCGAAAAUCACGACGCGACUGUAGAUCAUCAGAUGUAGAGGAGCAAGGUGAAAGAAAUCUGAGUUUAUCGAGCUUGAGAAUGUCACGUUCUUUUAGCUAUCCACAUGGAUGGAAGUAUUCCGUACAUGCGGAUAAGCAAGAAAUGCUAGAAAGUUUAACACAUCGCUUGGAAGAAAAACCUACCCAAAAUCACGUGUUAUGGGAAUUGUCAAAAUGCAUAUGUUCGGCUGUCGGUGCAGAUGGAUUUAAGUUAUUUGUGGUGCCUCAACAUCCGGACAAGGAAAAUCUAAAGUUAUUUGCAGUGACAACUUCAGAAAAUGGCCGCUUAGAGCUUAAUUCGACUCAAAAUGAAUUAAUCCCACUUCAGGUUGCCGGAACUAAAGAACCUUUAAGAUUAACAAAAGAUAUUGAUGAUGAUCGAUUUCAAAUUGGCGUUUCCGGGGAGGAUGAUGUUGCACACAUUCUAGGCCAGCCUAUAUUGCAACCUAAUGGGGAACUGUUGGCUGUCCUACUGUUGUGGCGCAAUUCAUCUAGAGAGCCAUAUUAUAAGGAGGAUGAAGAAAUAGCAGCUAGCUAUCUAGUGUGGGGUGGUAUUGCUCUACAUUACGCUCAUUUAUAUUUAAACAUGAACCAGCAAAAAGAUCUUAAUGAUUUUCUCUUGAUUGUUGUCAAGUCUAUAUUCCAAGAUAUGGUAAGCAUGGAUAUGUUGAUUUUGAAAAUUAUGAAUUUUGCUCAGAGAUUAGUGAAUGCUGACAGAGCGUCUUUGUUUCUCUUAGACAGCAAAAACAAAGAGUUAUACGCGACAAUUUUUGAUAUUGGAGUAGAAGGAAAUAUUGAUGAAAUGGAUGGAAACAAAAAACUUUCAAAGAAUAAUAAAGAAAUUAGAUUUCCUCUGGGGACAGGUAUUGCAGGUCAAGUAGCUAUGACUGGAGAAAUUCUAAAUAUCAAAGACGCAUACUCGGACGAAAGGUUCAAUAGAACAGUAGAUCAAAUCACAGGUUAUACAACAAAAUCGAUCCUUUGUAUGCCUAUUUAUAUUAAAGGAUCCAUAAUUGGUGUAGUUCAAAUGGUGAACAAACAUGCUGGAUUCUUUAAUGAGAACGACGAAGCCGCUUUCGAGACGUUUGCUGUUUAUUGUGGAUUGGCACUCCAUCAUGCCAAGUUGUACGAUAAAAUAAAAAAAAGCGAGCAAAAAUAUAAAGUAGCUUUAGAGGUGCUGAGCUAUCACAAUACAUGCACAGAUGAUGAACUUACUUCCGCUUUAGAAGCAGGUAUUCCUGAUGAUUUGACUGGACUGGAUGAUUAUUAUUUUAAUCCGUUUACUCUAAACGAUAGUAAAAAAGUGCGUCAGUCGAUAAGCAUGUUUAUAGAUCUCUUUGGAUUGGCACAUUUUGAUAAGGAAUGUUUGGUACGGUUUGUGUUAACAGUCAAAAAGAAUUACAGGAAAGUCCCGUAUCAUAACUGGACACACGGCUUUUCAGUGGCUAAUAGUAUGUAUUGCGUGCUAAAGAGGACUGCGUCCCGAUUUAACAAAAAUGAGGGGUUGGCUCUAUUUGUUGGCGCAUUGUGUCAUGAUUUGGACCAUCGAGGAAAAAAUAAUAAAUUUAUGAGUGAUACAGCAUCGCCUUUGGCAGCAAUAUAUUCAACAUCUACUAUGGAACACCACCAUUUUAAUCAAACUGUGACGAUUUUGCAACAAGAGGGUCAUAAUAUAUUUGGCAAAUUAUCCAGUUGCGAUUAUAAGCAAGUGUUGGGGUUAUUAAAGCAUUCUAUAUUAGCUACUGACCUAGCAUUGUUCUUUCCAUAUAAAGCAAAACUUACGAAAAUCAUUGAAGAUAAGAUAUUUUCGUGGAGCAAUGCCGAACAUCGUCUUCUACUUCAAGCUAUAUCUAUGACUGGUACUGAUUUGAGUGCUAGCGCAAAACCAUGGUAUAUACAAGAACAGACGGUCAAAAUCAUUUUUGAGGAAUUCUACCAGCAGGGUGAUGCUGAAAGGGACGCCGGUAGAGAACCAAUCCCCAUGAUGGACCGACAACAACCCGAUCAACAAGCAGCUAGCCAGGUAGGGUUUCUGAACGGGAUAUGCUUGCCGUGUUAUCGACUUCUUUCCGAACUGAUUCCGGAAUGCAAACCGCUAUUGGAAAUGUGCGAGGAAAAUCUGCAGAGAUGGAAACAAUUAGCAGAAAGUGUAAAAAGCUCAUCAGCAACUGAAGGAGAGUAAAAAAAAUAAUGAAGGUUAAAUAAUCUUGUUUUUAGAGUAAUGAUGCUAUUUCAAAUA